CUUCCUCCCGCCGAGGCGCGCAGGGCUGCGGACGGCGCUUGGGGACUGCGGAGAGUUCCUUGGGUGAAUUCCACGCGGCAGGGUUGAAUCCAUACAGGAUUACUAAUUACAGAGAGGGUUUUUAGAACUUCAGUUAUAACCAUGGGGAGAACUUUCCUUGAUCACAUUGGUGGCACGCGUCUGUUUUCUUGCGCAAACUGUGAUACGACCCUGACCAACCGCUCAGAGCUCAUCUCCACUCGGUUUACCGGUGCCACUGGCCGAGCGUUUCUUUUUAACAAGGUAGUUAACCUGCAGUACAGUGAAGUUCAAGACCGGGUCAUGCUCACCGGCCGCCACAUGGCUCGAGAUGUGAGCUGCAAACACUGCAAUAGCAAACUGGGAUGGAUCUAUGAGUUUGCCACCGAAGACAGCCAGCGUUACAGAGAGGGCCGCGUGAUCCUGGAACGGGCUCUGGUUCGAGAGCGAGGGCUUUGAGGAACAUGAACCGUCUGAUAACUCUUGAAGAAAAACAGAGAACUCCAUCUUUUCCCAGG